AGCCAUGGAGGUCCCUGCCUCGCCCGCUGCCUCCUUGGAUCAUCCCAACGAGUCGCAGCCGAUCCUGGUGCAGAUCACGGUGUUGGAAGCGCAGGACCUGAAUGCUAUCAAAAGUGGCGUGUUAGUCACUUUGGUACAUGCGGAAUACAACGGAGCGAUCUUGGGAGAAUCCUCCAAGACGGACGUCUUGCCAAACGGGACGGCAAGCUAUAAAUUCACGACCAGCUUCCAGUGCAGCCCCGACGGGCCCAACUCCUUGGAUGACCUUGCACAGAAACCUGUGCUCUUGACAGUGACAGAAGUGUUGCAAAAGAAGAAACAGAAGGAGAAGACCGUGCCUCUUGGCCAAGCUGUGGUGGACCUUCUACCUCUGCUGCAAGGACAGUGUUCAUUUAAGGUCUCGGUUCCUUUGUAUGCUGUGCCAUCAGAGAGCCUUCACCCAGGGGGCAAGGGUGGCCUUGAAGUGACAGUGUGUGCCAAAGAGCCUCUGCUUUCUGCAACACAACUCUCGAAUGGUAACUUCCUGAGCAUCACACUGGAGGCAGCUUAUUCUGUCCCCGAAGAAUUUGCUGUCACUGGACCCCAGCAAAACUACAUGGCUUGCUUGCAAGUACCAGCAUCUGGGGAGAAGGAACUCCCUUUGCUCUUCACGAAUGGCAUCCUGAAGCUUGCUGGUGAAAAAGAGCCAUUACCCCGGCCCAAAAAAUGGCCCCUUGCUAACAUCAUGGCCCCUGAUGCUCUGAGCAUACCCAACUCCUUCAUCAUUGGUGGUCCCUAUGAGGAUGAGAACGGAGAGCUCAACAACACAGAGGACAGGGAAUUUAGGAUUCAAGCAGAAAAUGCAAAGAGAAUCGUGUGGGACAUGGAGAGGCGUUGUUACCUGGAUGCCGCUGCAGCAGCUACCUUGCAGAAACGCAUUCUGGAGUGCCGGUACUGGCCCGUGGAGGUCUGCAGGGUGUCUGUGGCCUCGCCCAGCAAAGCGAAAGCUAGCAAAGCUGACAAGGGAGAUGAGGACAAGCAAAUUUUCUUCCACGGCGUGGCGUAUGUCAACAUGUUGCCUUUGCUCUGCCCUGGCGUGAAGCAGAUCCGAGGCGCUUUUCGUGUCUUUGCCUACCAAGACAGCGAGGUGUUCGAGAAGACGAAAAAUCAGCAGAGUGUUUUCCGGGAUCUCAGAACGCAGCUUGGUCUGACUAAAGAAGGCUUCUGGAUGCCAGGAAUUGAUAAUUCCAGAGCUGUUUCCAGCAAGGCUCAGAAGGAAGACAAAGAGAAAAUCACCAAGGAUUCCAACCACAGGAUGUCCAAUGUGCCCAACGGUGCCACUUUAGAAGCUGAAAAUGUCCCAUAUCUCAGCCUUGACGGACAGCAAUACGUUGAAGCAAGAACAUUCCUGGUGAUGGAGAUAAAGCUGGACAAGGCCUUGGUACCAAAGCGAUCGCAAGAGGAGCUCACCAGACGGGUCAAGGAGAUGAUUCCUCCUCGCCCUCUGCUGCCUCCCCGGACUGCAGGAGCCAAGAAGGCCGUAGACGACUAUCACAACCAAAUCACGAGCAUUGCCGUUGCCAUCCUGAGCGAAUACCAUGAGCAAUUUGGGAAGCGGCUGCCUGACCAGGGAAUGAUAGACCACCAAACCCUGGAAGAACAGCGGCGUCAGCUCAACUUCGAGCUCAAUAGCUCUGGGAAAUACUUUGCUUUUAAGGAACAGCUAAAGUAUGCUGUCGUGAAGAUUGUGAGGGAGAAAUACCUGAAGACCACGGCAUUUGAGACUCAGGAGGAGCUGCAGACCUUUCUCAGUGAGCUCUACGUGUACCUCGUGGACCAGAUGCAUGUUGCCCUGAACCAGCUCCUGUCUGAGGAAGCUGCUCCUCCUGCUGCUCAGUACCACACCACCGAGGAGCAGCUCUGGCUCUUUGCUCAUGAGGCUGAAGUCAACAAGGACUAUAAGCUGGCAUCUCUCUACCACCAGCAGAGGGUAGCUCAGGACCAGUGCAACAUCCAGUACUGGCUGGACUACGGGGCGUUCUGCCUCCUGCUCGAGGAAACAACCAAAGCCCAGGAGUGCUUCCAGCAGGCUCUUUCUCUGGACCCCCAUCAUGUCCCAAGCUUGCUGCUCUGUGGGAUUGUGGCUGCUGGGCUGCAGCACUACGAAGAGGCAGAGAUUUUCUUUGAGGAUGCCUGCUGCUUGGAGCCAUCCAGCAUCAUAGCCUGGACACUGUCAGGUUUGUUUUAUGGGCUGCAGGAUGAUAAUAUUCAGGCAGAAAUGGCCUUCCGUGAGGCUAAGAAGCUCCUGAAAGCACAGCUUGCCAAGGAGAGGAACAUCCCUGAGGCUGCUGAGGGAGAAGAAGGGGAAAACCACAUUUCUGCUGGGUGUGCAAGGUCUCCUGGACCAGACCCAGAAGAGAGCUUGCCAGAGAAGGUUCCAGACAGCUCAGAUAACCAACUGCCAGAGGCUACGGAGGAGGUUACAGCACCCAAGGAAGAGGCUAUGGCACUGGAGGCAGCCCUGGAAGCGCCAUCCCCUGGUUCAGGACGUAGCCAACCUCCCUGCACAAUCUUCAUGAAGGCAGUGGAAUUCCUGAUGAAAGUCAAUGCCUUCCAGUUUGUUCACAGGGCGCUUGCCCAUGAGCUGCUGAGCCCUCAGGGAGGUCCCUCCUGUGCAUACUACCUGGCGCUGGCCCAGACUUACUUGCUGAAGGAAGAUUUCUCCAAAUGUGAAGAAUGUCUCUGCGAGGCCCUGAGGAUUGACUACAUGAAUCCAAACGUCUGGGCUCAGAAAGGACACCUGUGCUACCUGAAGAAAGACUUUGGUGAGGCAAAGGAGUGCUAUGAGCGAACCAUCAGUUUUGUGGAAGACGCUGCAGAUAUGCACUUCGUCUACCUGCGCCUGGGCUCCAUCUACCUGGAAGAGAAAGAGUACGGCCAGGCAAAGCAGACCUACCUGCUCGCCUGCAAGAACUCCGCGUCCUGUCUCACCUGGCUGGGGGUGGGAAUCGCCUGCUACAGGCUGAAAGAGAUGGUGGAAGCUGAGGAUGCUCUCUCUGAAGCCAAUGCCCUCGAUAACACCAAUGCUGAAGUGUGGGGAUAUCUCGCCCUCGUCUGCCUGCAUGGAGGACGGGAGCUGGAGGCUGAGCAGUGCUACAAAUACACCAUAAAG